AUGGAUCCAUCAGAGAGAAUUACCAAAACUUUUGGUUCAGAUUCAUCACUGAAUUCACUGGAAGACAUAUCCCAGGAAGGUGCAUCAACCUCUCAACCAUCCUCUGAAGCGGAAACCCUGGAUCGCUUUAACUUCAACAACCGUCCUGAUAUCAACUACCGCAUCUCUAGACCAGAGGGGCUGUUUCAACAGCAAUACGGAGAUGAGAUGACUGAACAAGAGGGUCAGGGAGAAAGGUCAGCAUUUUCUGACUGGAAAAAGGCCUACACAGAGAAUAUGAAACCGAAAGCUCUCCCUUACACAACACCUUACCAGGUUCAAAGGAAAGGAAAAAUAUCUUCCUUUGGUAGAUAUCAGAAAAAAUGUCAAUGUCAUUACUGCGAGACCCAAAAGGAGGCUCUUUCUGGUAAGACAGAAGGGCAGGAUCCACCUUCUUGGAAAACACUAGUAGAGGGAUUUACCAACUUGAAUUUUAAGACUGAUACCAAUCAAGCCUGCGCUCCAUCAAAUGAGCAGCCACAAGACUUGGAAAAAGAGAAGAGCCACCAAGAGGGAGAGAAGAAAAACAAAAGAAUUCCUCCAAGGAACCGAAAAUGA